AUGGUUGGGACUACCUUCUUCCUGCUGCUGGUUCUGCUGGGCGCAUCACUUGCAGAUGCCUCCCAGGAGGACCAGCUCAGGAAGUUCAUCUUGUCCACGGCCAAGAAGAGGCAAGCUUUAAGGGCCAGUAGUGCGAACGUGCCUGAGGAAACCGACCCAUGGGCCGACGCCAGCAGCUUCAGCCACCUGCCAACGCAAUUUCCGUUCCCACCUCUGGGCGCCAAGGCGGCCGACAAGAUCGCGGCGCUGCCCGGCCAGCCGCCGCGGGUCAACUUCGACCAGUACUCCGGCUACGUCACGGUGAGCGAGAAGCACGGCCGGGAGCUCUUUUACUACUUCGUCGAGGCCCCCUACGAGGCGGCCUCCAAGCCGCUCCUCCUCUGGCUCAACGGUGGGCCCGGGUGCUCGUCGCUCGGGUACGGCGCCAUGACGGAGCUCGGCCCGUUCCGAGUGAACCCCGACGGCAAGACCCUGAGCAGGAACAAGCAUGCCUGGAACAACCUGGCUAACGUGAUCUUCCUGGAGUCACCGGCCGGCGUGGGGUUCUCCUACGCGAGCAACAACCCGAACAAUAACGACAACGUUGGCGACCCGAGAACCGCCAAGGACGCGUUCGUCUUCCUGCUCAAAUGGCUGGAGCGGUUCCCGGAGUACAAGGGCCGCGACUUCUACAUCGCCGGAGAGAGCUACGGCGGCCACUACGUGCCGCAGCUUGCCACCGUGAUCGAAUACAUGAACGAGCUCUACGGCGCCACUCUCAUAAACCUCCGCGGCAUCUUGGUCGGCAAUCCGUACCUUGACGAUUUCAUGAACGACAAGGGGAGCCUCGAGUUCUUAUGGAACCACGGGGUGAUCUCCGACGAGGGGUGGGCCAAUAUCCGUGAAAACUGCACCUUCACCUCGAAAGACGACUGGCAGUGCUUCGUGGCGUCGCGCAAGCCCCGGAUAGGCAACAUCGAUCUCCACAACAUAUACGCCCCGAUCUGCCUCAAGUCGGAACGUGACGGCACGUACCACUCGUCCGGCUACCUGGCUGGCUACGAUCCGUGCAUCGACCACUACGUCCUGGCUUACCUCAACAAUGGCGAGGUGCAACAAGCUCUGCACGCCCGGGCCAACACAAGUUGGACAGCUUGCAGCCCAGACUUGGACUAUAACGACGGCCCAGUUUCCAUGGUGCCAACCAUCAGAAGGCUAGUCAAACGUGGGUUAAGUGUAUGGCUCUACAGUGGGGAUAUGGAUGAUGUGUGCCCCAUUACCGCGACGAGGUACUCCGUCAACGAUCUCAACCUACCCAUCACGAAGCCAUGGCGCCCUUGGUACACCCCAGACAGCGAGGUUGGAGGCUAUGUUCAGCAGUACAAGGGAGGCUUCACGUUUGCAUCAGUGAGGGGUGCUGGCCAUCUGGUUCCUAGUUACCAGCCAAAGAGAGCGCUUGUUCUUCUCUACUCUUUCCUCAAGGGCGUACUCCCACCAGCCGACAUCCCAAAAUGA